UUACUAUUGGAGAGGGUCUGAUAAAGAAGUUAUUGUUGCUUCUUUUAAAAAAAAAACAUUUUCAUAUGAUCAUAUCAUAGUACAAUAUCAAAUUAUUUAAUCCAAAAAACAGUCAAGUGACAACACAAAGCCACAAAGGGGCACAUUUCACCUAUAAAUGUAUAAUCUUUUUCAACAAGUGGCACAUUUAUAAAUCAAUAGACUCAUGAUCCAUACCUCGUUACUUCGUUAGUGGUCUUAUAAUUUGUCACUAUUAUCACUUGUAGUAUUUAUUUAAUACAAAGUGGUUUUACAAAUUAAAAACUUCUACAAGUUCAGGGUUCUUGUUGUCUGCACACGUACACAGGUACACUCCCAUUAGCAGUUUUCUUCUUUACAAAAACCCUCAAUUUUUUGAAUGAAGGGUUUACUCACUUGAAAAUGCCGUAAACCUAACUAUAACACCCCAGAAAAAUUCCUCCAUUUUUUACCAAUCUGAGCACAACCCAUUUCGAUUCAAGCCAAACCAACCAUAACCCAGAAAACUAACUAGAGUUAUUUAAUCAUGGAACCUUCACCUUCAAUGGUUCAUUUGGCAAUGGCGGCCUUCUUUGGUGCUUCAUUAAUGGCGAUUUCUGCUUUGUUUAUUCACAAGCGCAGUGUCGAUCAAUUCCUCGAGCGAUUAAUCGAAGUUCGGCGUCGAAAGGUGGUGUAUCGCGACGCUCGACUGAUGGAUGGUGAAGUGGAGGAAAUUGCAGUAUUAGAGGAAGAAGAAGAAUUAGGAGUAGAAGAUUAUGGGGGAGGUGGGAAUGAAGGGUUUAAUUUGCAAGAUGAUGAUGAGGAAGAGGAGAGAGAAAUUAUAGGGCAAAUUUGGGGUGUCCCAAGUAAAAAUGGGGUGGAAGAAAAUUUGGAUAUGAAUUUGAUACCUAGUUAUGGGAUUUCUUCAUCAGUGCCUAAUUUUGGAAAGUUUUCUAAUGGUUGGAUUGAAGAUGAUUCCAAUAAUCAUGGUUUAUCUUAUUCUCUUGAUAAAUCACACUUGCCCCUGCUUCAUAGAUAUCUCAGAAAUGCAGAUGGUUGCUCAUCCGCUCCUUUGGAAGAUACAGUAACUUCCAAUGGGCAAGCUAAAGAGCUUAACAGUGGAGAUCCAAUUCCUUCCCAAGAGAACAAUAAUUCUUUUCAGGAUAGUAAAGUGACAGUUCAAAAGUCACCUGCUUUACCAGUUGGAUACGAAAACCACAACACUAUGCAAGAUCAGAAAUCCAGAGUUGCUGCUUGUGACCGAAAAGCUAUUUUAGAUUUGCCUGCUAAUGUAGAGAUAGACAUGCCUUCAACUGUUGCUGGAGGCAAUGAUGCUGAAACCAUUCUACCGCUGAAAGCUCCAAUACCUGUUCCUUUAAACGUGGAAGAGGAGGAAGUCCAAAAACUGCUUCGUGAUUGUUUAGAACUACGGGAGGCUUAUGUUUAUAAGGAGCAAGUUGCACCAUGGACCAAACCAGUUGAUUCUACUGCGUCUGGAAAGAUUGAAGACCCUUUUCACUUUUCUCCUGUCGAGAAGACUAAUCAUGAUUUUAGGAUGGAAGAUGGUGUUGUACAUGUUUAUGCAAGCAAAGACGAUAUGGAAGAGCUUUUUCCUGUUCCAAGUGCAACAAAAUUUUUCACUGACAUGCAUCAAGUUUUAAAGGUCGUUUCAAACGGAAAUGUCAGUUCUGCUUGCUACCAUCGAUUACUGUUUCUUGAGGAGAAAUUUCGUCUUUAUCUGUUAGUAAAUGCAGACAGGGAAUUUCUGGCUCAGAAGAGUGCACCGCAUCGUGAUUUUUACAAUAUUAGAAAGGUUGAUACACAUAUCCACCAUUCUGCUUGCAUGAAUCAGAAGCAUCUUCUUCGAUUUAUAAAGUCCAAACUGAGAAAGGAACCUGACGAGGUUGUCAUAUUUCGGGAUGGAAAGUACCUUACUUUAAAAGAAGUUUUUGAGAGUUUGGACUUGACAGGAUAUGAUUUGAAUGUUGACUUGUUGGACGUACAUGCUGAUAAGACUACCUUUCAUCGAUUUGAUAAAUUCAACCUCAAAUACAAUCCUUGUGGACAGAGCAGACUCAGAGAAAUCUUCUUAAAGCAGGACAAUCUUAUCCAAGGACGUUUUUUGGCAGAAGUAACAAAAGAAGUUUUAGUUGAUCUCGAGGCUAGCAAAUACCAGAUGGCAGAGUAUAGGAUCUCCGUAUAUGGGAGGAAGCAAAGUGAAUGGGACCAGCUAGCGAGUUGGUUUAUUAACAAUGAGAUAUACAGUGAAAAUGCAGUGUGGCUGAUUCAGCUUCCAAGGCUGUACAAUGUGUACAAGAACAUGGGAAUUGUUACCUCGUUCCAGAACAUCAUUGAUAAUAUAUUCAUCCCACUCUUUGAGGUCACAGUUGAUCCAAAUUCUCAUCCCCAGCUACACGUGUUCUUGAUGCAGGUUGUUGGAUUUGAUCUUGUAGAUGAUGAGAGUAAACCAGAGAGGCGACCAACCAAACAUAUGCCUACACCAGCUGAGUGGACUAAUGAAUUCAAUCCUGCAUUUGCAUAUUACACGUAUUACGUUUAUGCGAACUUGUAUACCCUUAAUAAGCUUCGUGAAUCAAAAGGAUUUCCAACAAUCAAACUUCGUCCUCAUUGUGGAGAGGCUGGUGAUGUUGACCAUCUGUCUGCUGGGUUCCUUUUAUGCCAUAAUAUAUCACAUGGGAUCAAUUUGCGGAAAUCUCCAGUACUGCAAUAUCUGUAUUAUCUUGCUCAGGUUGGAUUGGCUAUGUCUCCACUGAGCAAUAACUCGCUUUUCCUUGACUAUCACCGCAACCCAUUUCCAAUGUUUUUUCAGCGAGGUCUAAAUGUCUCUCUCUCGUCUGAUGAUCCUUUACAAAUUCAUUUGACAAAGGAGGCACUUGUUGAAGAAUACAGUGUUGCUGCACAGGUUUGGAAGCUCAGUGCUUGUGACUUGUGUGAGGUAGCCAGGAAUUCUGUCUACCAGUCUGGAUUUUCGCAUGCAGCAAAGCUGCAUUGGCUUGGAGGCAAAUAUUUCUUGAGAGGUCCAGAAAGUAAUGAUAUCCACAAGACAAAUGUUCCUAAACUGCGCAUAGCAUUCCGACAUGAAACCUGGAAGGAGGAAAUGCAGUAUGUCUACUCUGGAAAAGCAAGGAUCCCCGAAGAAAUCAAUGAUUAUUGAGGGAAGAGAUAAUUGUAGAUGUGAAAUUUCAUAUUCUAACAUCAUGUUGGUGCUCACCAUAUUGGUCUUACCAACAAAAAAAGUCCAAAAUUUUGGAAAGAAUGUGGCAUUUUGUUCAAGUAUAUAUUAUAUGGAUAUCCUUGAAAUUUUUUACUGUUA